GGAAGGUAAAGUAGUUUGUGGAGGUGUAUGUUUCGAGCCGCUUGAAUUAAGAACAAGUCCCCAGCAUUUUAAUGUCAGCUGGGACCUCCGCACUCGGAGUGGGUCAGUAUAGGUGGCCGUGCGUCGUGUGAGACCACCCUGCGUGGACUCAUCGCCAUGAGCAACAAGGACAUGGUUUCCACAGGUCACACUGAGAGACAAGGACAGCGGAACAAGCUGCUGGACUGCCUCCCUCGCUCGUCCUGCCUGCCCAACGAGCGUCUAAAAUGGAACACUAAUGAGGAAAUCGCGUCUUAUCUUGUAAGCUUCGACAAGCACGACGAGUGGCUGUCCUGCACCCUGAAAACCAGGCCAAAGAACGGCAGCAUCAUCCUCUACAACAGGAAGAAGGUCAAGUACAGGAAAGAUGGCUACUGCUGGAAAAAACGCAAGGACGGGAAGGACACCCGAGAGGACCACAUGAAGUUGAAGGUGCAGGGCAUGGAGUGUCUCUACGGUAACUACGUCCAUUCCGCCAUUGUGCCAACAUUCCACCGGCGGUGCUACUGGCUGCUGCAGAACCCAGACAUCGUGCUGGUACAUUACCUGAACGUGCCCUCGCUGGAGGAUUCUGGGAAAUGCAGUCCGCUGCUGUGCGCCGUGACAGGUCGCCACGACAGUGUGAAAUGGAGCCGCGACGACUUGCUCGGUCAACUCAAGCCCAUGUUUCAUAGCAUCAAGUGUUCCGGCGGCAGCGGCGAUUUCAGCAUCGAGGAGUUGGUGCAGCUCAUCCUGGAGCGUCAGAGACCCAAACCGCAGCCGCGCACCCACGCCUGCCUCUGUAACGGCAGCCAGGGAGGGAACAUUCCCCACAGCUGCAACAGCACCAAGCAUCGGAUCAUCUCCCCCAAGCUACCCCCUACGUCGUCCUCGCCGCUAUCCUCAGAGACGGGGGAGGUAGGGGGCGGCGGAGGAGAUGCCAAAUUGCCCCAGCUCCAGGCUCAGGGUAGCCCCGCCUCUUCUCCGGGCCCCACCUCCACGUCAUCUACGACCACCCCGCUGACCACCGUUGCGCUACCGCACAACGCCGUCAUCGUCAUGGCGACCACCGCCGCCAUCUCCGGCGGGGAUGAGCCGCCCACGGACAGCCUGUCGCUUGCCCGCUCCGGCCAAUUGCUCCUUUCGCCAUCCCUCGGCAAGCCCCCCUCACCCUGCCCGCCCUCCCCAACGCCUCCCUCCCUUCCUGCACCCGUGCACCACACCCUUUCUCUCACCCUCCUCCCUUCCCCUGUAAUAGGAGGCCUGCUCCUCACUCCCUCCUCUUCCGCCUCCCCUCCGUUAUCUUUUCCCUCUCCUUCUCUCCCCCCGCCGACCCUCCCGCCCGCUUUCGACCCCGACUCCUUCCUGAACUCCCCCAAGCGGGGCCAGACGUACGGCGGGCCACUUCCUCCCAUCGCCUGCUCCUCCUCUUCCCCGCUGUCACCCUCCUCUCUGGCGCUCUCCCCCACGUCCACGCCGCCCUCGUCCAUUUCGCCUCCCUCGUCGCUCUCUUCGUCCUCCUGCGAGGCGGACAGGAAGGAUUCUACCUCUCUUCCGCCCUCCUUUUUGCUGUCGCCCACUGCCUCGGUGGCACCGCCCCUCCUGCCGCUCUGUUUGGAGCUGGGGGGUGUAGAGGGGCCGGCGGAGGCGCUGGGAGUUGACGGUGAGGAGAAGGACCAGGGGGGUGACGCCGGCAGCUUAUCAUCACCUGCAAAGCUGCUACAGUCUUCAACGCCAGGCACCGUAUCACACUUGCCCGCACCCUCCAACCCAGAAGACAUCACCAUGGAAACCUCCUUCCAGGCACCGUCCUCACCACGGGUGAAGGAGUGCGACGGGCGGGGUCCCGACGCCGACACCCCUCCCAUGGACACGCGGCAGGAUGCAGAAGAACUUGAAAUCUCCUUUGACAGCCAGUUCCCGGACCUCAUCUCUGAUCUCAUCACAGUCGAGGCCAAUCCCGUGGCGGCCACGCCCGUCUCCGCUCCCGCCGACAUCGCCCCCGGCCCGCCCGUGUUCUCGGCCGGUAUCCGCUACAUGGUGCCUCCGCAGCCUACCCCCUCGACGUCCUUCCUCCCCUUUCCGCACCCUUUGCCGUCUUCAUCUCCGCUCGCUUCUAUUACCGACUUCUCUCCAGAGUGGUCGUAUCCUGAGGGUGGGGUGAAAGUAUUAAUCACAGGACCGUGGAGCGAGCAGACGGGUCGCUACUCGUGCGUAUUUGAUCACAGCGCCGUCCCGGCUUCACUGAUCCAGCCCGGUGUUCUGCGCUGCUACUGUCCCGCCCACGAGGCCGGUCUGGUGUGUCUUCAGGUUGUGGAGUCCGGGGGUUCCGUUUCCUCGUCGGUUCUGUUCGAGUACCGUGCCAGGAAUGCUAGCUCGCUACCUAGCUCUCAGCUCGACUGGCUCUCAUUAGACGACAAUCAAUUCCGGGUGUCCAUCCUGGAACGGUUAGAGCAAAUGGAGCGCAGGAUGGCGGCCAUGGCGGCCCGCGACGUGGCGCAGCAACAACAGCAACAGCAGCGGCGGCAGCAACACGGCGGACAGAGGUCUGUCGCCACGCCCCCGCCUCCGCACACGCCCGAGGACCGCGACCAGUCGCCCCAGUGGUUCGAGAGGAGGAUCGUGCGCUUGUGCGAGAGGAUGAUGAGGGGCGUCCGUUGGAGCGGCGGCAGCGAGGAGCAGCUUCAACAUUCGACGCGUCACCGCGGGAUGACGCUGCUCCAUCUUGCGGCCGCGCAGGGUUAUACUCAACUGAUACACACGCUGAUUACUUGGAGACGUAUACACAGUGACAGUUUAGACCUGGAGCAGGAGGUUGACCCUCUCAACGUGGACCACUUCUCCUGCACGCCGCUGAUGUGGGCAUGCGCUCUGGGCCACCGGAGGGCGGCAGAGCUGCUGUACGGCUGGAGCGGCGUAGCCCUCGGCAUCCCGGACUCUCUGGGCCGCCUCCCGCUGGCCGUGGCUCGCUCGCGAGGGCACACGUGUCUGGCCAACGCGCUGGAGGAGCUGUACGUGCACUCUGUGGCUUCGCCCGUGUCCACCAGCCCGGACACAGGACUGAGCUCCUCCAGCAGUCUCUCUUCAUCACCCUCCCAAAGUUCGGCCGCCCCCAUGGACACCUCGCCGUCAUACCCCUCGUCCCCUUCGUCCUCCACCUCAUCCUCUUUGCCCGCGGAGGAGCCCGUGGCUUUGACCUUCUCGGAGUGUCCGAGCGAGGGCCCCGCGUCCCCCCGCCUGCCUUCCACGUUAGCGGAGCAGCUACUGAGCUACAGCGACAACGUAGAGAACGAGGAAGAGGACGAAGAAGAAGAGGUCGACAUGGCAACGCUAGCGGAGCAAAUCAUCGAGGCAACGCCAGAGCGAAUCAAACACGACGACUUCGCCAGGGUAGGCGAGUCGCUGCUCCGGGAGAGGGGGGACCUCCACGACACCUGGCUGGCAACCUACCUGGACGCAGUUGACGCUCAGGCGCAGUCACUUCCCAGUAGGCGGGUUUGCCCCCCGUCGCCCCUCAGCGCCUUGGCCCUCCAGAGGCUGCGCCCGCCCUCGUCCGCGGCCUGGGCCGAGUUUCUGAACGCCUCGGCCAACGGGAGGAUGGAGCGUGACUUCGCACUGCUGACUCUGACGGACGGCGAGCAGAGGGAGCUCUACGAGGCCGCCAGGAUCAUUCAGAACGCCUUCCGGAGAUACAAAGGUCGCAGGUUAAAGGAGCAGCAGGACAUGGCCGCGGCCGUCAUUCAGAGAUGUUACCGCAAAUAUAAACAGCUAACAUGGAUAGCUCUGAAGUACGCUCUCUACAAGAAGAUGACCCAGGCAGCCAUCUUGAUCCAGUCCAAGUUUCGCUCGUACUACGAGCAGAAGCGCUUCCAACAGAGUCGGCGCGCGGCCGUGCUCAUCCAGCAGUACUACCGCAGCUACAAGGAGUACGAGAGGCUCAAACAGGGCCCGGGCGGGGGAGGCGGCGCUGGUCACAACCCCAAAAUCAAGGGGACCUUCCUGACCAAGAAACAGGACCAGGCUGCACGCAAGAUCAUGAGGUUCCUGAGACGCUGCAGGCACCGGAUCAAGGAGCUGAAGCAAAACCGGGAGCUGGAGAGACGAGGCCUGACUACGUAAAACCAGACCCCCCGCCCUGCAUCCCGACGAUCGCAGUUCCCACGUCGAGGCUAAUGUCCGUCUCUUUUCAUAUUGACACGUCGGUACGCAUGCAUCCAUCCGUACAAUACACGGGACUUUUGAAACGCUGUUAUUUAUGACUGCAAGUGAGUCUUAAUGAACUGAACUGUGAUUCGGAGGCCACAGUCUGGCUUGUUUUGCAUGACGCCAUUGAGGACGGAGACAUGUAGAGAAAAAUAUCGCCUUUAUUUCACACGCUUUGAUCAUCGACAAAGCAAAGCAUCGUGGGAUGUGUCAUUCACAUGCUUUGUGUGUUUGUGUAAAAAAAGAAAAACAGAAACAACAAUAUCUGAUCAACAAUGAAAACAAACUAAACAAUAAUUAAAA